ACAGUCACGAAAACACUUGCGGGAUUGCAACGGUAUCGCAAAACAAUCCGCGCUUCCGCAUUUCCUCGCCGCGAUUCCGUUGUCGCCCAGAAGGUGAAUGAGAUUCUCGCGCGCGAGGAAUCUCUCUCGCGUGGUCUCGCGUUUCGUCGGAACGUAAACACACCGGUGUGCGCGAUCAGCGUUACGCGACAAUGCGCGAACGGUGCCGGCGACGCCGCUUCUACGUAUCCGGCGAUGGCCAUUGAGAUCGUCCCACUCCCCCGCACACUUGGAGCGAUGCAACGACGGUGCAAUAUAAAUCGCGCGAUCAUCACCAAAUCAGGCUCUAUUCCCGCAGGCCGCUGAAGCGAACAUGGCAUUGUUACGUAGUCUGUUCGAUUUUAUUGGCAACGACAAUAAGUUAGACGAGAAACUCGGCCUGACCGAGAAGCAAAAGAAGCUGGUGCAUAACACAUGGGCGAUCGUUCGUAAAGACGAGGUGUUGGUCGGAGUCACCGUUCUCAUCGCCUAUUUCAAGCAAUAUCCAGAAUCGCAAAAAGAAUUUAAGUCGUUUAAGGACACCCCUCUCGACGAACUGUCGAAAAAUAAGAGGUUUCAAGCGCACUGUGCCAAUGUCAUAGCGACGCUUGGCAAAGUGAUUGAACAAAUGCAUGAUCCGGAAUUGAUGGAAGCAAGCUUGAUUAAUUUUACCGAGAAACACAAGACUCGCGGACAAACGCAGCAACACUUUGAGAAUUUGAAACAGGUGAUGCUAGAUCUCUUCCCUUCCUUAUUCGGGAAGCAAUAUACAGCAGAGGUGCAGGAGGCUUGGAAGAAAACGUUGGACAUGAUCUUUUCGAAAAUCUCUCAAGUCUAUACAGAUUGAGAUACUCAUCCAUAAUCGCAAGUUUUUAUUUGUAAUCGACAAAUCUGUGGCAAAUAUAUUGUAUAUCGCUUUUUGAAGAUAACAUCUAUCGAAAAGUUGAGUUGAUUAUGACAGUGAUAUGUUCUUCGCAAGAUGAUGUUUACGAAACUUAUAUAUGACUAACUUUUUGCAUGACAAAGAUUUCGCUGUUCUUUUAUAUUGAUUAGCGUUUCGAGAAAUGAAAGGUGUGAUUAACGAGAUCAAUAUAAUGCAAUAUCAUGAUGAAAUUUGUACAUAUUAUAUAUGUUCAUGUUGUGGCAAUAAAAUCUUGUUAAAUUAGUUCCAAAAAAUUGUCCUUAC